AUGGAAACAAUUAUUAAAAGGUUUUAUCAACAAUUAAAUUCAACAAUAAUGCUGUCUUCCACUCCUAAAUUUGCUGGUAAUUAUCAUUGCAGAACUAAUUACUUACAACCCUUUGCACAAGAACAAUUUGAUACAAAAGAAGAAGCUUUAGCAUUUAUGAAAAAAUAUCAUCAAUCAUGGGCAAAUUAUGAAAGUAAAUCAAAUGAUGUAUUACUUUUUAAAUGUAAACAACAUGAAUGUGAAGCUGAAUUAAGAAUCAGUGAAUCACAAAAAUCCAGAAACAAAGUAAUUUGGAAUAUUGAACCAAGAUGUCUUGAAGAUGGGAUGGAUAAGCCUCAUAUAGUUGAACCAAAGGGAACACUUGGUUAUUAUUCUUUACCAAAUGAAGAUGAAGGAUUACAUAAGCCAGUCAUGUACAUCAAAGCUGAUCAUGAUCCCAAAAUAAAUGUAUACAAAAUUAUUAAUAAACUUACUGAACAAGAGUUAGAUGAUUUAAGUAAUCAAAGAAGAACCAUAUAUGAAAUUAUUGAGAGAUUUAGUGAACAAGAGUUAAAUGAAUUAAAUAAUUAA